UAAUGCAGAUCCUUUAUAUCUGUGCGAAAAAGACGAGAAGGGGAGAGAAAAACAUGUCCGAUCCGUACGAGCGAGUGAAAGGAGGGAAGCUAACAUUCAAAGGCGGAGGUGGCCUCGCCCCUCUCAAAUCCAUCAACAAAAACAAGAAGAAGAAGAAGAAUAAGAAGCCUGAAGAACUCCCCGAAGAGUCAAUCGACGGUGGAGAUGUGCCCUCAAAAGACGGGCCCGGAGAAUCGGACGGUGUCGGAGAUAUCUAUACGAUCGACGCCGCGAAGCGCAUGAAGUACGACGAGCUGUUCCCGGUCGAGGCCAAGAAGUUCGGGUACGAGCCGCGGUCGACUUCGAGGUCUGUCGAGGAAGCCCUCGACGAUCGCGUGAAGAAGAAGGCUGAUCGAUACUGCAAAUGAGGCACCAUUACAUGUAGAGACAACUUGAAGGAGGCAUAAACAACUGGCAUACAGUGAGAUGAAGGCAACACCUCCGAUAAUCAUCUAUUGAUUCAAGGUAGGAAAAACUUCAUCUCUUGUGGAGUCACAGAGGCACGGCUCUGCUCCAUUCAGAUUCAUCCAUAAGCAAGCGAGAAGCGUCUAUAUCACUACAUACAGAGAUUGACUAUCAGUUCACUUUGGAAAACGUCGUUCCAUUCAUCAGCAAGCAUAAGAUGUUGUCCCGCUUAUCGGACUUCAUCUACUCUCUAUUACCCAACACAACUCCGCCUCAUCGUCAUCGGUAGGGCUUCGUGCUACUUUAUUAGUCAAUAGAGAAUCAUGCCUUGAAAGGAAUGUCCUAAAGCCCUUCUCAACACCAGAUGUUGUGCACUCCACCAUCUUGGAGCCUUGCAGUGGCUAUCUCCCACUCAAUGGAGAAUCCGCACCAGGGGUUACACUCUUCUAUUCAACAUCUAUUGAAGAAAACGAUAACCAGGCUCAUCUGGAGGACCAUUUGGAUGGAGUUUGUUUGCUUAAGGUUCCACCAGAUGCGUCUGUCUCUUUUGUGCCCUUCACCCUUCAUUCUUUUAAUCAAGUUUUCUCCAUGAUAUGUAAUUAACAGCUUGUGGUAUAAUCAUAGCCGGGAAUGUAAUUAACAGUGAUUGAUUUCCUUACACGCAUUUUC